CUUUGCUGAGAUCCGACUGUGACGUCUCGCAAGCUACGGCGGGACUCGGGCACGUUCACGUUCGGUGUCGGUCAUCUUCGCACGCGCGCGCCGCCGGCGAGCGUGCGCGCGCGCGCGCGGAAGUGGCCGCCAGCCAUGCAGCAAAAGCUUUGCUCUGAAGGUUCCGGUUCUUUUCACGAUGGGGAGCGCUCGUCAGGCCUCCACAGCCUGUACGCCCAAAGGGAGUACCCGUAUGAGUACCGCGGCUUCAGCAUCACCGGAAAGCUCCCGCCGAAGAAUGGUGGUCUCACGGCAGCUCGCGGCAUGCGGCGCUCACUCAGCGACGGCAGGGACACCUCCCAAUUCCUGAUCUCCAGGAGGAGGACGAGAAGCGUGGGCACGCGUGCGCACCAGGACGAGCUUAAGCACCAGGACGAGCAUGAGGAACUGCUUGCCAGAGACAGCGAGAGAGAGAAGAUUGGGACCUCGGACAGGUCGCCAGAUCAUUACAGGGGUUUUCAUUUGGGACAGGAUCUCGGCGUGGACGUCGGCCCAGACUGGAAUGCAGAGGCGCUCGGACAGGGCUGUUGUUCGGGCCCAGACACCACCUGGUGCUUGCUCGCGGCGCCGCACGGAGGCCUGGCCGCCAGCACCAUUGAUGGCAUUGGCACUGGGGGGUCCCCACAGCGGCGGCUGGCUCGCGUCAGGACGGAGCUGGCGCAGGCGCACACGCGGCUGCUGUGCGAGCGCGCCCACACACAGCAUCUGUCUCGCGAGAGGCAGGAAGUGGCGGAGAAGGAGCGGUCGCUGAGCCGGCAGGUGGACAUGGCAGUCAUGGUGAUCGCUGCCCUCAAGGAGCAAAUCAACGCUUCCGAAAACGAGCUGGAGCGACGUGAAAGGCAGGUGCUGAGCAUCCACGAGUUUCUGGAAACGGCCGCACGCCAGGAGACCAGCGGUAAGGUCCGAAUCCAGUCAUUCAUCGAGAAUCUGCUCCGACGCAUCGCGCUGGCCGAGACCCUCCUGGAGGACUACCAGCGGCGGCAGACACCGGCCACCAAACCGAGACAAACCUUGCAGGAUCACCAAGAGCAGGUCAGCUGGAUGUCAGCUGUCGUGCGGUGUCCACGGCAACGUGCCCGUGCAGAGGCCGUUGAGCGAGCUGCGCGAGCCGCGGAGCAGCGCGAGCAGCGCGAGCGUCUGGUGCGUUCAUCCCGUCUCUUUUGUCGACCCGAACACCGGGACGACAUUUGGAACCAGCGGCGCCGCUCAGCCGGAUACGAGGCCUAA